GCCUCUCACCACCACCUCUCUCCUCGCAGCAGCCACUCGCUGCGCUUCUCCUCCUCACUUGCCUCGCUGCUCGCUCCUGCAGCUCAGGCUCUCACGCUCACGACCCGAGCGACCGGACUCCUUCGACUCCUUUGUCUCAGCUGCACCUCGCCCCUGUUGCGCCCACCAUGGUGUCGUUUGGCAAGGAGGCGCGCAUCAUCACGCUGCUCAUCAUCGAUGUCGUCUUCUUUCUCGUCGAGAUCAUCGUCGGCUACUCGGUCGGCUCGCUGGCCCUCGUGGCCGACAGCUUCCACAUGCUCAAUGAUGUCAUGAGUCUCAUCGUCGCGCUGUACGCUCUGCGGGUGAGUACGCCGAAAAGCAGCGGAGAGAUCGGGUCGCAGCAGAUGGGCGCAGAUGGCUGGCUGGCGUCUGCAGCUGUGCAGUGGGUGCAGACGUUUAGCUGCAACGGCCAGGUGGAAGCCAGUCAGCUCUCGACGCGCGAGCACACCAAGGACGCGCGCUACUCGUACGGCUGGCAGCGCGCCGAGAUCCUCGGUGCGCUCGUCAACGGCGUCUUCCUGCUGGCGCUGUGCUUCAGCAUCUUCAUGGAGGCGAUUGAGCGUGCCGUCAACAUCACGGAGGUGUCGAACCCGCGCCUCGUCGUCAUCGUCGGCUCGUUCGGCCUGGCGAGCAACAUCGUCGGCCUCUUCCUCUUCCACGACCACGGCCACUCGCACGGCGGCGGGCACUCGCACUCGCACGCGCCCGUCAAGGCGCCGCCGUCGCCGCGCGCCGAGGGCGACGUGGCGGCGCCGAGCGAGAGCAGCACGAGCACGGCGGUGCAGACGCGCCACCGCGAGGACAGCGUCACGUCGCUGUACGGCCACCCGGCACAGACGCGCGCCUACGUCGUCAAGGCGGCGCAGGACCUCGGCUACGAGCGCGACGAGUCGGCGCGCCUCAACGGCGCGGCGCCGGCGGCGGGCUACGGCGCGACGGAGGCACACGACCACGCCGGCCACUCGCACGACGUCGAGGCGGCUGCGCCCGCACACCCGCACGACGACCACGACCAUGGACACUCGCACGGCGGCCACAGCCACGGCAGCAUGAACAUGCGCGGCGUCUUCCUGCACGUGCUCGGCGAUGCGCUCGGCAACGUGGGCGUCAUCGCCUCGGGCCUCUUCAUCCUCGAGACGACGUACUGGUGGCGCUUCUACUCGGACCCGGCGAUCUCGUUCCUCAUCACCAUCAUCAUCUUCUCCUCUGCGCUGCCGCUCGUCAAGUCGGCGUCGUUCAUCCUGCUGCAGGGCGUGCCGCCUUCCGUGCCGCUCGAGGAGGUGCGCGAGAUGCUCGUGCAGACCGACGGCGUCAUCAGCAUCCACGAGCUGCACGUGUGGCAGCUGAGCGAGAGCACGAUCAUCGCCAGCAUGCACGUGCUCGUCGACUGCGGGCCCGGGCAGGACGAGCGGUACAUGCACAUUGCGCAGCGUCUGCGCAACGUGCUGCACUCGUUUGGCGUGCACGCCGCGACGAUCCAGCCCGAGUUUGUGCGCGGCGGCCUCAAGACGGCGGCGCGCAUGAGCGGCGUCGAUGUGGCGCCGCAGGAGACCGACGAGCACGGCCGCCUCAUCACGCCCGCCGGCACGCUGGUCGAGGCCGAGCUGUCCCAGAACGAGACGGCCUGCCUCAUCAGCUGCGGCCCCGAGGGCUCGAGCUGCGCCGAAGAGUCGUGCUGCCCGCCGCCCAAGGGCAGCACGCUCGCCGCCGGCGGCUCGUCGCCGUCGGCGUCCGGCUCGGCCUCGCGUCCGCGCUCCACGCACAGCAACCACGACGGCCACGCGCACUAGCGCCGUGGGCCGUUCCCUCUGCUCUUCUCUGCCUCUGCGAGGCGCGCCUUCUUUUGUGGGAUCGAACGGGACGCUCUAAUGGUCGCUGCGACGAGGCGGAUGCACGGCGUGACGAAUGGAUGCUUUGCUAGAUCGU